AUGUCAGCACCAGGUCCAAGUACAAUCAUAACUCAACCUCCACCACCUUCCACUCUCCGUGAAAGUCGUAUAGCGACUCAUUCCCAUAUCAAGGGUUUAGGUCUGGCCGACGAUGGGACAGCAAUGGAAUCUUCUCAAGGUUUCGUCGGUCAACGCGUCGCUCGAGAAGCUUUAGGAUUACAUUUGGCUUUAUUGAAAACUGGGAAAUAUUCGGGUAGAUCGUUGUUAUUGGUCGGUCCUCCUGGUACGGGAAAGACGGCUUUGGCUUUGGCUUUGUCGCAAGAGCUGGGGACUAAAGUACCUUUUUGUGCCAUGGUAGGGAGUGAGGUUUAUUCUGGAGAGGUUAAAAAGACCGAAGUUUUGGCUAGUUGUUUCAGGAGAGCUAUUGGUCUUCGAAUCAAAGAAACAAAAGAAGUAUACGAAGGAGAAGUCACCGAACUCACACCUUCCGAAGCUGAAAAUCCUUUAUCAGGUUAUGGUAAAACCAUUUCCCAUGUAAUCGUCGGACUUAAAACCGUUAAGGGAACAAAACAACUUCGACUUGAUCCAUCAGUUUACGAAGCGAUUCAAAAAGAACGUGUGGUAAUUGGUGAUGUCAUUUAUAUCGAAGCCAAUACAGGAGCUGUUAAACGUGUUGGACGUUCGGACGCUUAUGCGAGUGAAUAUGAUCUUGAAGCGGAAGAAUAUGUUCCAUUACCAAAAGGAGAUGUACAUAAACGUAAAGAAUUAGUACAAGAUGUUACUUUACAUGAUUUGGAUAUGGCGAACGCUAGACCUCAAGGUGGACAAGAUAUAAUGAGUGUGAUGGGACAAUUGAUAAAAGGUGGUAGAACUGAAAUUACGGAUAAGUUGAGAAGGGAGAUUAAUAAAGUUGUGGAUAGGUAUAUUGAACAAGGAGUUGCGGAAUUGAUACCUGGUGUUUUGUUUAUUGAUGAGGUCCACAUGCUAGAUAUGGAAUGUUUCACCUAUCUCAACCGAGCAUUAGAAUCACCAUUAUCACCUUACGUAGUCCUCGCUUCCAACAGAGGUCUCACAACUAUACGAGGGACAGAAGAUAUAAUAUCUCCACAUGGAAUCCCAGUCGAUCUUUUAGAUAGAUGUAUGAUCGUCAAAACGGUCUCAUACAAUCGUGAAGAGAUCCGACGUGUUUUGGAGAUUCGGAUUCGUGUGGAAAAUUUAUCAGUCAAACCUGAAGCUUUAGAUAAAUUGGCGGAUGAAGGAGAGAAAAGUAGUUUAAGAUACGCUUUACAAUUACUCACACCUGCCAGUAUAUUAGCAAAGACGAUGGGUAGGACAGAAGUUGGGUUGGAGGAUGUAGGUGAAUUAGGUGAAUUGUUUUUAGAUACUAAACGUAGUGCUGGGGUUUUGAAAGGGUUGGAGGCUUAGAGAUUGAUCAUUGAGUAACGAAAUAUAUCCCUCAAAAACUCUUAAGAUGGAUGAAGGGUGAGGUCGAGUGUGUGUGAGAGGGAGAGGGAGGAGCACUCCAAUGAGAAUAAUAGUGGGAGAGAAAAACGAAAGUUAUGGAUGGAUGAAGUGGGGAUGGACAAUUGAUCAAGUUGGAGAAGGUAUGUUCAUUACAUCGUGUGAUACAUGCAUGAUUUGCGU